ACAUACACACACACAGCCAUACAAAAUUUGCAGAUCGGCGGCCGCGCUUUCAAUGUCGUUAUUGUUGAUACUUUUCGGUGUUUUUGUAUGAAAAAGUUCGGAUUAUUAAUUAGUUCAAACCCAAUUCAAUGUUAAAAAGUCGCAUAAAAUAGUGCCUUUCCAAUUAAAGCUGUGUCAAAGGCUGCCUCGCUUCCCGUUCUUUUUAUCAUUUAUUUCUACGUGCGUGUGUGUGUGUGAGCAUAGCUGGAAUAACAGAACAUUUCCCCCAUUUGCGCAGUUUUGUAAUUCCAAGAAACUGGCGACCAAAAGGAGAAUAAUGGCACGCGACGGCACACAAGGCGGCGGAACCCAAGGGGCCACCCAGAGCCAGUCAUCCAACAUUUGGACGCAGGUGGAGAGCCAGCCAAUGGAGAAGAUCGUGUGGGGCAGAUUGUACGGGAAGAAUAUCAAAAUCAAAUCGCUGGGUACGAGCUCCAACUACCGCAUAAUGUAUACGAAUUCGUCCUUAUCUGUUGAUCUGAAUAAUGACGAAUUUACGGCUGGACGUGGAGAGGCGAAUGAUUUGAUACUGACGCUCAAAGAUUUGCCUGAGAAGAUUCUGACGCGCAUUUCCAAAGUGCAUUUUAUCAUAAAACGUGCAAAUUGUGAGCUGACAAAUCCGGUCUAUAUACAGGACCUCUCACGCAAUGGCACUUUUGUGAAUAAUGAAAAGAUUGGCACCAAUAAAAUGCGCAUUUUGAAAAACGACGAUGUCAUAUCCCUGGCCCAUCCCACAUACAAAGCGUUUGUGUUCAAGGAUCUCAGCCCGAAUGAGGCCAUCGGCCUGCCCGAGGAGAUAACCAAAACCUAUUAUGUAAAUCGCAAGCUGGGCUCCGGGGCCUACGGUCUGGUGCGCUUGGUAUAUGAGACCCGAACCUGCGAGCAGUUUGCCAUGAAAAUUGUCAAGAAGAAUAUGCUGGCGGGCAGUGCACAACCCAACACGAAUCUCAGCGAUCCCGAGAGGGUCCUAAAUGAGGCAAAAAUUAUGAAAAAUCUUACGCACCCGUGUGUGGUGCGUAUGCAUGAUAUUGUUGAUAAGCCGGACUCGGUUUAUAUGGUGCUGGAGUUUAUGCGCGGCGGGGACUUGCUUAAUCGCAUAAUCAGCAAGAAACUGCUGUCGGAGGAGACCUCAAGAUUGUAUUUCUAUCAAAUGUGCCAUGCGGUUAAAUAUUUACACGAUCGAGGCAUCACACAUCGCGACUUGAAGCCAGAUAAUGUCCUGCUAGAGUCGGGCGAUGAGGACACACUUCUCAAAGUCUCGGACUUUGGGCUAAGCAAGUUUGUACAAAAGGACUCUGUGAUGCGGACACUCUGUGGCACGCCGCUCUAUGUGGCCCCCGAAGUAUUGAUCACGGGCGGACGUGAGGCCUACACCAGAAAGGUGGACAUUUGGAGCUUGGGUGUGGUGCUGUUUACCUGUCUGAGCGGCACAUUGCCCUUCUCCGAUGAGUACGGCUCUCCAGCAGCCGAACAAAUCAAAAAGGCUAAAUUUGCCUAUCGACACCCGGCCUGGAAGGGCAUAUCGCAGCGUGCCAAAUUGUUGAUAAAUCAAAUGCUCAUUGCGGAUCCCCAGAAGCGACCCUCAAUCGAUGAUGUACUGCAGGCCAAUUGGCUGCGCGACACACAAAUGCUGCAAAAGGCCAAGCGGCUAAUGAAACUCGAUCGCAUGGAGAUCGAGGAGGACGAAAACAAUUUCCUAGAGCCACCCACCAAGCGUACGCGGCGAUAGUUGAGCGGGGAUAUGGUUUUAAUUUUCUGGAAAAAUUAAGUGACAACAUUUUUUCCCAACCCACCACUCGGACGAUCCGCUUAUAUCUGCCUGAAAUGUGUAUUUUCAAAUCAAGUAUUUUUUUUGUUUUUGUAUUGCGGUUGUUUAAUUUUUAAGUGUUUAAUGUAAGUUGAUGAUGGCCCACAAUGUGCGUGUUGAUUGGAAUUUAGUUUGUAUAUAAGAAACCCCCCCAAAAUAGAUUAUUCUUAUGGAAUGGGGCAUGUGUUCCUCCAGAUUUUGAAUUUAAAAAGAUAUUAAAGAGACAUUUAAAUGGAAUUUGUUUAUUAGCAAAUUAGAAGUAAAUUGGAUUUAUUUCUGAGACUCUCUGAGCCACGACUGUCAUGCAUGACAUUAAUGCCCGGCAUUGAAGACAAUUGUUAAUAAGUUUUAGAGCAAAAAAUGCAAAACAAUUUAUAUGUAUUUCGUCUCUUUAAACAUUUCUUUCAACAACAAAUUAUUCUACAGAAAAUAUGCUUGGGAAUUUGUAUUAAUAUAAUACAAAGCCCUUGAAGUACAUUAUUUUGUAUUUAGACGGUAGUCAAGUCAAAAAAUAUAUA